AUGUCGGAUCCUAGAGAGCUCAAAACAUCUCAGCGAGAAGAUUCUCAACCUGCUGCUACGAAAGAUGAAUCUCUGUCUCAAAAAGUUUGCAGUUUCUUCAAGAAGCCAUCAAAGGCUAAAAACUUAAGGAAAAGGCCGCUUCAUGCAGAUGAAGAAGUAGAUGGAGAUUCAGAAAGCGGAAGCUCUAUCUUUAAUAACUUAAAGAAAGUUGCUAAACCUGAUAGCAACUUGUUUUUCUCCUCUGGACCAUCCAAGACCUCUGCUGCAACGAGCGAAGCUUAUGAGAGAGCUGUCUUUCACUACGAUUCAUCCAAGGAGAUCCAGGUUCAAAACGACAGUAGAGCCACUGCAACUCUUGAGACCGAGACCGACUUCAAUCAAGACGCACGAGCAAUCCGCGAGAGAGUUCUUAAACGAGCAGACGAAGCAUUGAAAGGGAAUAAAAACAAGGCUUCAGAUGAGAAGCUUUACACCGGAAACCAUGGAUAUACAGAUCACAAAGCUGGGUUUAGAAGAGAACAAACAAUAUCCAGUGAGAAAGCUGGAGGCUCACAUGGGCCAUUAAGAGCUUCUGCUCAUAUCAGAGUAUCUGCUAGGUUUGAUUACCAGCCUGGUAUUUGCAAAGAUUACAAAGAAACCGGAUACUGUGGUUAUGGAGAUUCUUGCAAGUUUGUGCAUGACCAUGGGGAUUACAAACCGGGAUGGCAGAUAGAGAAAGAGUGGGAAGAAGCAGAGAAAGUUAGGAAGAGAAAUAAAGCUAUGGGAGUUGAAGAUGAUGAUGAAAAAAAACAAGAGCCUUUUGUUGAUCCAGUUGUCACCAAAUGCGAGCAUUACUUCUGUGAGCAUUGCGCUUUAAAGAACCAACGAUGGGGAUUUUCAAUGCAGCACAUGAGGAGGAUGGGUGAAGAAGGGAGUAAAGCUCAAGGAUUUGGCUUGUAUGUUGUGAUGGCUCUUUGCAUAUCGGGCCUUGUUUUGCCCCAUUUCAAAGUGUUGGUGAGGAGUUAA